AUGAAAUCAAAAGAUUCAUUUCGACUUUGAUUAUUAUUAGAUUUGAAAAUCCAUUCGACAUGUUGCGAUGUAUUUUAAUUUUGUUGCCAGUGCUCUUUAGCACAGUUUUAGCGAAGUUCUACAUUGAGGAGUUGAAGCCAUCUUCGGGAAAUGUGCAAGAUAUAAAGCAUUACAGCUAUGCCCUGAAUUUAUUGAAUAAUUUUAUAUCGGCUCUAGAAUCAAAGAUGUCGAAAAAUGAAAUACCGAAACAAUCAGAAGACCAACCUGUCAAAACACCUAGUCUGGAAAGUGUAGAAGAUCCUACUCGGAGUCUACGUCCUGUCAGAGUACAUAAUGAAGAAACACAACCGUCAGAUUUGGUACCUGACAAACAUUUUAGUCCUGUCGUGGAAGAGAAAAUAGAGUUUGAACAUGAAUUGGUACCUAUCAGGACAUUACGUCCUGUCAAAGUAUACAGCGAGGAAACAGAUACAUUAAAUUUGGAACCAUCUGAUAUUGGUUCUGUCAAGGUGGAGCCAUUAAAUAUGCUACCUGUCAGAAUGCGAGUCCCUGUUAUGGCUAACGGUAAAGAAAUACAACCAUCGGACGCAGAUAUUGAUGAGGCUAGUAUAGAAAUAGAAAAAAUACAGUCAGAUUUAGUACUAAAGAGCUUACAUUCUGGAAUAGAUGAAAGUAAAGAAGUCGAUCAAUCUGAUUUGGUACCAACAAACAUGCGUUCUGUUAAUAUAGAAAGUGAUGAAAUACAGUCGUCAAAUGAAGUAAAAGAAAUACAUCUGUCUAAUUUGGUACCAAAUAAGCUACGUUCUGUCAAAGCAGAGAAUGAUGAAAUACAGUCAUCAAGGGAAGUCCAAGAAAUACAUCCUUCUGAUUUGGUACCAGUAAGUUUAUAUGUCGCCGAGAAAGAUAACAAAAUUAAUUCACCGAUACUUCUAACGAGUUUAGGUCCCAAUAAGGAUGAAAGUGAAGAAAUAACGGGUACUCAUGCCGAUUUGGUACCCGUUAUCAGUUUGAGGUAUGAACGUCCGAAUAAGCACACUCUUUCUGAAACUAAUAAGGAUCAUUUUCACAUAUGCGUUAGUUCAUGCAAGAGAACUAUCCAUCGGGCUUGUAGAAAUUAUAAAUGCGCUGAAGAGAAUAAAGUAAAGGAAGAAUGCGACCGUAGGUGUGACGUGAAAUUCUGAGGAAAAUAAUGCAAUGGUACCACGUUGGUAUCUUGGGAAGUAAUAAAUUAAUAAUAAUUA